AUGAACGCGACACGGACCUUCAACCGUCGCUUCGUGACGUCAGGACGCGACUGCCCAGCCAAGAUGGCUGACAGCAUCCCGUUAAAUCCGAUGCGGAAGAACUCGAAGAGAAUCCCGUAUUACAACUCCUCCAGACUUUCAAGGUUCUCUUUGGAAGAUGAGUCGUCCAACUUGGACGAGAUGCCUCUGAUGAUGUCGGAGGAAGCCUUCGAGAAUGACGAGAGCGACUACCAGACACUGCCCCGGGCCAGAGUGGGUCAGAGACAGAGGGGCCUCUGCUGGUUCCUAUCGGGGGGCUGGAAGGUCCUCUGCAGCAGCUGCUGCGACUGCCUGGCUCACGUCUGCCGCAGGAAGAAGGAGCUGAAGGCCAGAACCGUUUGGCUCGGCCGCCCAGAGAAGUGCGAGGAGAAGUACCCCAAAAACGCCAUCAAAAACCAGAAGUACAACAUCCUCACCUUUGUGCCUGGGGUUCUCUACCAGCAGUUCAAGUUCUUCCUGAAUCUGUAUUUCCUGGUGGUGGCCUGCUCCCAGUUCGUGCCAUCUCUGAAAAUAGGAUAUCUGUACACAUACUGGGCCCCGCUGGGUUUCGUGCUGGCUGUGACGAUGGUGCGAGAGGCGGUGGACGAGGCCCGGCGCUACCAGCGGGACACGGAGAUGAACUCCCAGCUCUACAGCAAGCUGACGCUGCGAGGUAAAAUUCAAGUAAAGAGUUCAGACAUUCAGGUUGGAGACAUGAUCAUAGUGGAGAAGAACCAGAGGAUUCCUGCCGACCUGAUCUUCCUCAGGACGUCAGAGAAAAACGGGUCGUGCUUCAUCCGCACCGAUCAGCUGGAUGGAGAAACCGACUGGAAGCUGAAGGUGGCCGUCGGCUGCACCCAGCGGCUGCCCGCCGUUGGGGACCUCUUCUCCAUCAGCGCCUACGUCUACGCCCAGAAGCCCCAGCUGGACAUCCACAGCUUCGAGGGGAACUUCACCCGGGAAGACACAGAGCCACAAAUCCACGAGAGCCUGAGCAUUGAAAACACUCUGUGGGCCAGCACAGUGGUCGCCUCUGGAACUGUGAUCGGGGUGGUGAUCUACACGGGAAAGGAGACCCGCAGCGUCCUGAACACGUCCUACGCCAAGAACAAGGUUGGCCUGUUGGACCUGGAGCUGAACCGCCUCACCAAAGCCCUGUUUCUGGCCCAGGUGGUGCUGUCGGUCGUCAUGGUUGCGCUGCAGGGCUUCGUGGGCCCUUGGUUUCGCAACCUGUUCCGAUUCGUGGUACUCUUCUCCUACAUCAUCCCCAUCAGCCUGCGUGUCAACCUGGACAUGGGGAAGUCGGCCUACGCCUGGAUGAUCACCAAGGACGAGAACAUCCCGGGAACGGUCGUCAGAACCAGCACCAUCCCAGAGGAACUGGGCCGGCUCGUUUAUCUGCUCACAGACAAGACGGGCACGCUGACUCAGAACGAGAUGAUAUUCAAGCGGCUGCACCUGGGAACAGUGUCCUAUGGCACAGACACCAUGGACGACAUCCAGAGCCACAUCGUGCAGUCCUACUCACAGGUGGCCCCUCAGCCCUCUGGCGAGGGGGCAGCUGGAGUCAACCCCCCUCAGAAGGCCCAAAGUUCAGGACCGAAGGUCCGGAAGAGCGUCAGCAGCCGCAUCCAUGAGGCGGUGAAGGCCAUCGCUCUGUGCCACAACGUCACGCCGGUGUACGAGCCGCACGCCGGCGAGGCCGAGUCCGCCGAGGCCGACCAGGACUUCAGCGACGAGAACCGCACCUACCAGGCCUCCAGUCCAGACGAGGUGGCCCUGGUCCGGUGGACGGAGAGCGUGGGCCUGACCCUGGUCAACAGAGACCUGGCCUCCCUGCAGCUGAGGACUCCCUCUGGACAGAUCCUGUCCUUCCACAUCCUGCAGAUCUUCCCCUUCACCUCUGAGAGCAAAAGGAUGGGCAUCAUCGUGCGGGAGGAGUCGACGGGGGAAAUCACCUUCUACAUGAAGGGCGCCGAUGUCGCCAUGGCGACCAUCGUCCAGUACAACGACUGGCUGGAGGAGGAGUGUGGGAAUAUGGCCCGAGAGGGCCUGAGGACUCUGGUGGUGGCCAAAAAGUCCCUGUCCGAGGAGCAGUACCAGGACUUUGAGAGUCGCUACAACCAGGCCAAGCUGAGCAUCCACGACCGGGGGCUGAAGGUGGCGGCGGUGGUGGAGAGCCUGGAGAGGGAGAUGGAGCUGCUGUGUCUGACCGGCGUGGAGGACCAGCUGCAGGCAGACGUCCGGCCCACGCUGGAGCUGCUGAGGAACGCCGGCAUCAAGAUCUGGAUGCUGACCGGUGACAAACUGGAGACGGCCACCUGCAUCGCCAAGAGCUCCCACUUGGUUUCCAGGAGCCAGGACAUCCACGUCUUCAGACCGGUCUCAAACCGAGGAGAGGCCCAUCUUGAGCUCAACGCCUUCAGGAGGAAGCACGACUGCGCCCUGGUCAUCUCUGGAGACUCCUUAGAGGUGUGUCUGAGGUACUACGAGCAUGAGUUUGUUGAGCUGGCGUGCCAGUGCCCGGCGGUGGUGUGCUGCCGCUGCUCACCCACCCAGAAGGCCCAGAUCGUCAGCCUGCUGCAGCAGCACACGGCCAACAGGACUUGUGCCAUCGGUGAUGGAGGAAACGACGUCAGCAUGAUCCAGGCGGCAGACUGCGGCAUUGGCAUCGAAGGAAAGGAGGGCAAGCAGGCCUCGCUGGCGGCCGACUUCUCCAUCACGCAGUUCAGGCACAUCGGCCGGCUGCUGAUGGUCCACGGCAGGAACAGCUACAAGCGCUCGGCCGCGCUCGGCCAGUUCGUGAUGCACAGAGGCAUGAUCAUCUCCACCAUGCAGGCUGUUUUCUCCUCCGUAUUCUACUUUGCCUCCGUGCCGCUUUACCAGGGUUUCCUGAUGGUGGGGUAUGCCACCAUCUACACCAUGUUCCCCGUCUUCUCUCUGGUUCUGGACCAGGACGUGAAGCCCGAGAUGGCGCUGCUCUACCCAGAGCUCUACAAAGACCUCACCAAGGGCCGCUCUCUGUCCUUCAAGACCUUCCUGGUUUGGGUUUUGAUCAGCGUCUAUCAAGCCGCCAAGCCGUGCAGCAGAGAUCCACCUUCCUGCUGCCCGAGCGUGACUUCCUCCUUAAUUAAAGGCCAGGAGCAGCUCUGUGGAACAUUAAUACGACGCCAGAGCGGCAGUAUUUACUACAGGCUAAUCGACUGCGCAGGAAUCCUGAAGCUGCGAAACUCCGACAUCGAGCUGAGGAAGGGCGAGACCGACAUCGGGAGGAAGAACACGCGUGUGCGGAUGGUUUUCAGAGUCCACAUCAACCAGCCCAGCGGCAGAACCGUGUCCCUGCAGGCGGCCUCCAACCCCAUCGAGUGCUCCCAACGAUCAGCCCAGGAGCUUCCUCUGGUGGACUCGCAGAGCCUGGAGACGAGCCCCCCCUCCGGAGGGGGGCGCAUGCUGCUGGACGGACACAACUUCCAGCACGACUCCAAGGUGCUGUUUGUGGAGAAGGCUCCAGUUUGCACAGAAAACAUUCCCCCCAACCAGGACGUCCUGCUGGUUGGGGAGAAUGUAGGCAGCGACAAGGAUGUCAGGACCUCCAACCAUCAAAACCAGAACCAACUAUUGCUGGAGCUCCAGCUCUCAGGACGGGCAGCAAAGGAAGUGCAGGGAUCAGAGUUGGGCGUGUCCAUGGAGGAAUCACCUGUCUCUGAACCCGUGAAGCUGUUUGAUGGUGAAGUGGAGCGCCAGGGCGAACGAGGCUGCGCUCGGCGGUCUGGCUGCCGGACGCCGCUCAGAACAAUGGCUGUUUUCACAAACAAAGCCACAGCAGCCUUUCCAUGGGUUACAGUGUGCCAGUGGGCCUUCAGCAGCCCCUCAGAGGAGCCCCACAGACGGGGCUUUCUGCAGCGGCGGGCGCCGCCCAGGCCGCAUGGCGUGCACGCCAGCGCCCCCUUCCCGCCCGCCGCCGCUCGUGAAACUGCUCAGAUCGCCGCGCUCUUCCAGGACGGGAGGACGCCGCCGGCGUGGGCGCCAGCACAAGGCAGCCCUUUGAGAGGCCAGCAUGUGUUUAUAUUUACUGUGAGCCAUGAGGGCUGGGCGCACGCCAUCCCGCCGCUGCACCCAGGCCGCACCCCGCCCGCGUCCAAUUAG